UACGAACGAAUACUAUCAUCUAUAAAGUUUAACACGUAAUUAUACAAUAUUGUUGUGGAAUUUAACUGUUUAAUAUCCACUGCACUACUGCAGUAGUACAAUUACGCUCGUUGCUUUGUGUGUACGUACGCUUAUGUAUAUUGGUAUACUGGGUUCGUACUUACACAUUACGGACGUGUCAUUGGUUUUUUUUUGUUUUUUUAUCAUUACAUCCAAACAUUCAAUGGAUAUUAUGCACAGAAGAUGAGAAAAUGUUCGUUGUUCAUUUUAAAAUACAGAUAGGAAAAUCGAGUAACUUUCCACGGAGCUUAUAAAAAAAAUUUGUAAGUUGAAAGCUCUAAACUGUGGUUUGCAAUUUAAAAUGUUGGAAGAAGAUGAUGAAUGCUGGAUGAAAGACUUAGAAAAAGCACUGUGUGAGAAGGACAUAUCUCCACAAAGUGAAGAUUCUGAACGUUUUACUGUUAUUGCGAAUGAAUGUAGGGGUCAAGUAUGGCGUCAGUUAUUAACUCGUGAUGACGAUACAAUUACAACUUUGUUGGAUGAGAGACCAAUUAUAAAAAAUAUUGAACAGUUAGAGGUUGACUGUCAAAUGCUGAUUGCUUCAUUAGAGAUAGAAGAUGAAGAAGAAAAAUUAAAUUGUCUGUCAGAUACUGAAGCUAUAUUGGUUACAAUGUGUAAAAUAUAUAACACAGAUAUAUAUGAUUCAAAUAAGAGAUGGUCAUCAAUAAUUCGUCCAAUUGUUUCAUUAAAAUUACCUCGGAUCGAUACAUAUACAAUGUUUCGUGCUAUUGAUGAAGAGUACAUAGCUAAACAUCAAGACUGUUAUCAUUUACUACGAAUAUUGUUAUUAUAUCAUGAUCCAGAAUUGUGUAAUUUACUAGAUUCUUUAAAAAUAGGCCCAGAACAUUAUAGUGAAUCAUGGAUACAAACUUUAUUUGCAGAAACAUGUUCUUUAGAAGUAAUACUAACUAUUUGGGAUUUUUACUUAGCAAAAAAAGAUAGAUUUUUUAUAUUUUUUUUGGCUUUAGUGUUCAUUAUCAACGCCAGGGAUCAUGUGUUUUCUUUAAAACAUCAGCCUAAAAUUCAAUUAAUUGAAAUACUUGGGAAUUUACCAGCACAAUUAGCUAUAGAUGAUAUAAAUGAUUUUUGGUCUUUAGCAGAAUAUUAUGAUAAGAAAACUCCUUCAUCUUUUAAAAAGGAUGUUGCUGGAUAUAUUUUUGAUCACCAAUUACCAGAUAAAGGAAUUUCGCAAAUGUUAUGCCUUCCUAUCAGUGUGGAAGAACUGAUAUCUCAUACAAAUAGAACAGUUACUAAUAGCUUGAAGUUUUUUGUGAUGGAUUGUAGACCAGCAGAACAAUAUAAUUUUGGACACUUACCAAUAGCUUUUCCUUUAGACAGUACUUUACUUUUGGAAGAUCCUGUUUCUUUUUGGACUGCUGUUGAAGGUCUAUUAUCAUGUCAAAAACAAAGCUUUGCUGAAGGUCGAUCAGGUGGAGGAGAACAUUGGUGUUUCUCUGGUUGUGGAAGUGGUUUAGAUGCUAAUCAAAAUACUCACAUGGUUGUUUCUGCUUUUCUUCAAAAACACUCUCUUUAUGUUUCUAUGUUGAUUGGUGGUUAUCAAGCACUUCAUGAAUAUUUUGAAAAAAACAAUAUUGAUGGCUUGAGUGAUCAUGAUCGAAAUAAAUGUUCCCAAUGUUUACGUAUUCCACAACAAAGUAAAGAGCGGUUGACUCAGACGAAUUCAACUAAUGAAUUAUUUUCUAAACUUGGAGUGGCCAUGAGAUCAAAAUCAUUUGAAGUUAAAGGAAAAUUAAUGGAUUUUUUGUCAAGUAAUAACAAUAGCACAAAAAAUGAAAAAAAAAGUGGUAGUAGCAAGAGAUAUAGAAAUAUAGCACCUGUUUUUGCAAUUGAUGAGGAUGAUAAUAAUCAAGAUUCAGAAGAUGAAGCAGCUCAAUGUAAUAGUAUAUCAAUAUUACUAAAUAAAUCUUAUGUAAUUUCAUCGUUUGACUGUCAACACAUAAGAAAUGAUGGAACAUUAAUUCCAGGAAAAUUAGUGUUGACAAAAAACAAUUUAAUCAUAGUUGAAGUUGAUUCAAAAGAUUCUAAUAAAAUUAGUUCUUUGAUAAAUCAUUCACUUGGAACAAUUUUGAAUAUUAAAUGCCGCAAAAAACGACCAGAUUUAAUUAUUUUUGAAUAUUCUGGAAAAGACAGAGAUAUUGACAGAUUCAUAAUUCCUCAAUCACAAUCAGCUACUAAUAUAGUAACAAAGCAAAUCUUGGAUUUUAUUGAACGAAAUGAAAGCUGAUAAAAGUUGUGAAUCAAAUAAAAAAAAAAUUUAUAUUAUAUUAAAAUAAAAAUAAGUUUUUAAUAUUUUGUUAAAAUAAUUUAUUAUUUAGGGAAAAUAAAUUAAAAAUUGCUCAUUCAUUUUAAUGAAAUGCAUUACUAUGCUAAAUGAAAUAAAUCCAUCCAUGUAAAAAAAAAAAAAUUAUUGUGUAUACUUAAAAUUUUAUUAACCUUAAUUAAUGUUAGAAGAGUUAAAAUGUAAAACAU